AACAAUCCAAAAAUCCCUCUUUUGUGUUUGAGCCUGUUGUGGUGAGGGCUAAUGUGAAAAAACUGGAGUCAUAUCACUGAACACUUGCCUCCACUACAUUGUUACAGCAAAUGAGGUUCAAGUCAUCAAAGAACCAUCCCACCACAGAGACAGAUAUAAGCUUGUGUUACUAAGAAGAAACCUAUUCAGAAUGACUGUGGACACAAAACCUGAGCCUCUUUUCCAAAUGGAUAAUCAUGUUAAAAAUUCAAAAGAGGAGGCAACACAAAAAUGCUGCACCUCCAGCUUGAAGAAGUUCCUGAUUGCCUUAUCUUUCACAUACUUCUGUAAGGCACUGUCUGGAAGCUACAUGAAGAGCUCUAUUACACAGAUAGAAAGAAGAUUUGAAAUCCCCAGUUCUGUUAUUGGAGUUAUUGAUGGGAGCUUUGAAAUGGGUAACCUUCUGGUCAUGGCACUCAUUAGCUAUUUUGGUGCAAAAUUUCACAGACCCAAAAUAAUAGGUGCUGGGUGUACAUUGAUGUCAGUGGGAACACUGCUCAUGGCUCUGCCUCAUUUCUUUAUGGGACACUAUCAGUAUGACUCUGCAGUAUCAACGUCCGCCAAUUCCACCAUCAGUGCCCCUUGCCUGAGCCCGCCAAGUGAACUCUCUGACACUGAGGAUCCUUCAUCAUCAGUGCUCAUCCCAGGCUGUAAGAGCCACGGAGGCUCGUCGAUGUGGAUCGCUGUUCUUCUGGGCAAUGUGCUCCGAGGAAUUGGUGAGGCAACGAUAAUACCCUUAGGAGUGUCCUAUAUCGAUGAUUUCACAACACCAGAGAAUUCAGCUUUCUAUAUUGGAAUAUUGCACACCAUUGCCGUAAUAGGGCCUUUGUUUGGUUUUACCCUGGGGUCCUUUUGUGCCAAACUCUACGUAGAUAUCGGUUUCAUCAAUCUGGAGUCUGUUACAAUCUCCAUGAAGGACGCUCGCUGGGUAGGUGCAUGGUGGUUGGGCUUCAUCAUUGCAGGAGGGCUGUCCUUGCUUUCAGCUCUCCCCUUCUGGUUUCUGCCUAAAUCUGUGCCCAAAGAGGAAGUAGAUGGCAAGGGGACAACCACAGAAACAACAGAGCAUCUGAAUUCCCCAGAAGAGCAAAGCAAAGAUCAUGCAUCGGGGCAGCAAGAACCACUUUCAGACAUCAUCAAAGGUGCUCCAUACUCUCUUAUGCAUCAUUUUCCAUCCAACCAAAGCUUAUUUGAGUUCUUGGCAUUUCUGGGGUAA